AAUCUCGGACAACUGAAGCCGCAAUUGUUGACAAUUUCUUUCUUUUUUUUUAUUCAAAUAUAAGAAAAUAUGGGACAUGCAAUUUCAAGUUUUAUUUUGACCGAUUAAUUACUAAAUCUUUUUAUAUUUAUAUAGAUUUAAAAAAUAAUGUAACAUACCUGUUGGUUUUGUAC